AUGUCUGAUCCUCGAAUUGCGUCUCAAACGCUAGGUUCCGUCGCAGGUCUAGGUGGAUCUGGGUUUGUGCUACCAAGCUUUGAGGACUCGUUCGAAAGGCCACCGCGUGUGUGGCCACCACGCACGGGCUUCUGGGGCCGGACCAGGUACCUUAUCAGUGGUAUGCUUCCUGGCUCACAUCGAAUCCCGCGCGAUCUGCCGAAGCAGUCUGAGGAUGGAUCUGGUGUGCCACAUCUGCAUGAGAUGCAUGAGCAGGCUAUGCCGCGCAUGUACCGCCUUCUGGGGGACACUCGCUUCGGCCAUGUUCGUGGCUAUCGAAGUGCGAGGAAGAUCGUCGUCAUUGGCGUUCAUGGCUGGUACGCACAGAGUAUUUUGAAGAAUGUGAUCGGCGCUCCGAUCGGUACAUCAGAUAAGUUUGCUACAAUGAUGACCGAGUCAAUCCGGCGCAAGUAUGCAGCGGCAGGCGUACACUUGGGCCCCGAGGACAUCACGACGAUUGCUAUGCAGCAUGAUGGCUGUGUUCUUGAGCGUGCCGAUGCUUUUUAUGAUGGGAUUCUCCAGAACUCGGACUGGGUCACUGCUCUACGUAAUGCAGAGGCCAUCUUCGUUGCAGCCCACAGCCAAGGCGCGAUUGUUUCGACACUGCUCCUUGCGCGGCUUCUGGACGAAGGACUGGUUGAAUCCUCGAAAACGCGUGUGUGCCAGCUGACCAUGUGCGGCAUAUUCCAGGGUCCAUUUGUUCACAUCAAGAACAGCAUAGCCUCGUCGUACCUUAGCUACUUUGAAACAGCUGCGGCUCGUGAGCUCUUCGAGUUCCAGUCAUCCGAGUCGGACGUGUCGCGGCUGCAUCGUAAAGCGUAUCGACGUAUUUUGGGCGCCGGCGUUAAAUGCGUUCACGUCGGCUCUGUCGAUGACAAUGCUGUGCCUCUAUACAGUGCGCUGUUUUCUUGUGUCGCACAUCCCUCCAUUUUGCGUGCCGUAUACGUGGAUGGCGUGGCCUUUCCAGAAAAAGACUUUUUGAUUAUGCUAAUUGCGCUCUGUGUGCUCAUACGAAACAGCGGAUUCCACGACCACAAUCUACUCACUUUGUUGAGUGCCUCCGUCGCCGGUUCCUUGUACACAGGCAUGGGCCACACGAACCUGUACAAUGAACCGGCCGUGUACGACAUUGCUACGCGGUACAUGUUUGAAACCUACUCGCCCCACACUUCUGGCGCAACAGAUGUUCCGUUGGUCGGCAUCCCGUAUACCUCCCAGCGGUGGAACUCGUACGAGCUGCCAUGGAGUCUGCGUGGACUCCUGGAAGACCGCGUCAUAAGCCACUUUUUCAUGAAGGACAUUCGUGCCUUGAUCAAAGACUAUGCCUCGUGGAACCCGACGAACAAACGGCUCAAGGAGUUGCACCGCAGGCUCGCACCGAUGGCAACAGUACAUGUGCCGACGGCGCCGUCAUUAAUGAAGGAUGAGCCGUCUGACGAAGACGAAGAAGAUGCCUUUCAUCCCGCCGUCCACAAAACACCGCCUGCCAAGUUGUAG